AUGUCAGCUUGUGAAGAUAACCAUGAGUUCUUUGGAGAAGAUAAUGAAACAGAUGUCGAUCAAGGAGUUGGAAAGAAACGAUCUGCUUCAGAGAGGUCAAGCACUGAUAAACCUCCUGCUGCAAAGAAAAAGCAAGCCCACCGAGCAGACGUCUGGCAACAUUUCAUUCAAAGAGAAGAUGAUCCAAGCAUCAGCAACUGCCGUUACUGUGGCCAAGCAAUUGGAUGUGACUCCAAGAAGAGUGGGACAAGUGCGAUGAAGAAUCACAUUGGUCGAUGUAAGAUGUUUGAACUCUACAACGAAUCUGGAAAGCAGCAGGUGUUAAAUGGAGAUAGUAGUGGUAUUUUGACAACUGUGAAGUAUGAUGCUACUUUGUUCAGGAGAUCAGUGAACGAGAUGAUAGUGCUGAAUGAGGAGCCAUUCUCUUUUGUCGAGUCUGAAGGGUUUAGGAGGUUCUGUCACAACGUGUUACCGAUGUACACAGUUCACUGCAGAAGAACAGCAACAGAAGACAUUUUUAAAAUGUUUAUGUUGGAGAAAGCUAGGUUGAAGCAGUUGUUUGCUGAUGAGAAGCAGAGAGUGUCUCUUACUACAGAUAUUUGGGUGGCUCCUACGACAUCAUACAGCUACGUGGUCGUCACAGCUCAUUGGAUUGAUAGGAACUGGGAAAUGCAGAAGCGGAUCAUCAGUUUCAAGCCUAUCACGGAUCAUAAAGGUGACACUAUUUCUGACCAUCUGAGCUUAUGUAUUUCUGAUUGGGGUAUAGAUAAGGUCUUCACGGUGACAGUAGACAAUGCUAAGGCAAACGAUAAGGCUCUACGACUGUUUGCAGAAACCUGUAGGUUGAUAGGCCCGAAUGCAUUAGUUAGGGAUGGUUCAUUGAUGCAUAUGCGUUGCUGUGCACAUAUUCUCAAUUUGAUAGUUAGGGAUGGGUUAUCUGAGGUCAAACAGAGUGUCAUGGCUAUUAGAAACGCGGUGAAGUAUGUGAGAUCAUCGGGUACAAGGUUGCAGUCGUUUCAGUUGAGGGUGCUGACAGGAAAGGUUAGUAGAGGGAGCUUAUCUUUGGACUGUAUAACUCGUUGGAACUCCACCUAUCUCAUGCUGUCUGCUGCAUUGAAGUUCAAGGUUGCGUUUGAGAAGCUCAAAGCCGAAGACAUAUUGUAUAAUGAUUACUUUAUGGAGUUAGAGGAGAAUGGACAGAAACGGGUUGGACCUCCUACUUCAGAAGGGUGGGAAGAGGUGCAGAGGUUAGUGAAGUUUCUGAAAAUCUUCUUUGGUUGCACCUUGGCGUUCUCAGCAUCCAAGACAGUCACGUCUACCAUUUGUUACAAUGAGAUUGUGAUAAUCGAGAGGAACUUGAUUGCACUGAGCAAUAGCAGGGAUGGGGUUCUGCAGAUUCAAGCAAAGGAGAUGAGAAACAAGUUCGAGAAGUACUGGGAUGGACUUCUCAAUAUGAACCCGCUGAUCAUCAUCACAAGUGUGUUCGAUCCAAGAAACAAGAUGCAGUUUGCUUCUAUCUGUUUUGAUAAGCUCUAUGGUAAGGAUAGUCUGGAGAGUGCUCAUCUCAGAACCUCAAUAAGAGCACUGAUGAAAUCGUUGUAUGAGGAGUAUGUGAGCAAGCUUGGCCCUCAAUCGCAAGGUGAUAGUCAGAACAACAUUAUCGAAUCUGAGAGUUGGCAACCUGUUUGA